AUGGUGCUCAAAGCAAUUCUCUUCACCUUCCUCCAGCCUCUUCUGGUCUAUGCCGUCCAUCAUGAUCCGUUUCCGCGGUGCUCUGGUUGUCUUUCAGUCGCCCAGCACGACGCACCGGGCAUAGGAUUCGGACUUUCUCCAGCCACUGGAACCGUUUCUGCGCACCUCUACAACGGUACCGUUCUGGAUAUUGCCGAAAUCGCAACGGAGCCGGAAUACAGCUCCCUGAUGUUGAGUAAAGCUGACGGCCCCUACCCGCCGCCUCUUACUCGCAUGGAAAGGAUGCGCCGAAACAUGAAUAAGCGCUUCGGUCGACCGGCCACUCCCGAGGUUGGCAUUAUCGCCCGCCAUCUUGCCCAGCUUCGGCGCGCCACACAGAAACGCCUGCCAGGACAGGACACCAGCUUUGUUGCCAUCUCCCUGGCCCCGAUCCUCGGCCUGCGACUAGAAGAUCUGGAAGAUGCUCUCAUCCAUAUUGGCCUUGAAUCUUGGACAAGGAGCGACAAUGUGGAAGCUGGGUUGUACCCUCCUCUUCUCAUGGAUCCCUAUGCAGCAUACGCGGCUCGCGGCCGGGGCUUGUGCCGUCACUACAAGGACCUUUUUCAGUGCUGGGAAGAAGAGAAGACGUUUCCCGAGGAGACUUUGCUCACCGUUCGACUUGCAUCCACGGACCUUAGCCUUCAGAUUGCUGAUGUGCGGGGGUCGUUCGACUGGGAGCAGUCAAUCCAAGGCCACACCCUCGACCCGCACGCCGGAAUUGACUCGCUUCACUUUUCCGAGUCACCAGACGACUUUUGGAGAUAUGUCCAAGAGGUUUUGAUAGACUUUGUCCACAAGAACCGGUUCUCCCUGCCGACCAGCGUCUUUCUAUUGAGUGAGGAUUCCACGCGACCGGAGUUUAUGCACGCCCUGCGGAAGGCACUGACACAUUACGGUGACUUCUUCAUGGCCGACAAUCUCACGGUGCUGAUUCCUGGAGCCUUUCCCAUUCAAUAUGCGGUGUCGAGAGGCGCGGCUCAAUAUGCGCGCUGGAGAAGGGAGGCGCCGAUGGGCUGCAAGGAGGACAGAGUCUGUGGUGAUGAAAGAGAGAAGAAACGGCGUGGUGUUGCGCAUGAGCAACCGAUUACGGAGGCUGAUUUUGACGAUGAGUAUGAGCUUAAAUAA